AUGGCCGCCCAGCUCGCCGCCCAGCAGGACGACGAGACGAGCGAGAUCGUGCUGCGCGCCGCGUGCGCCGACGGCGGCCUCGACCGCCUGCUGCUGCAGCUGCGCAUGCGCUGCCACCCGAGCCGCACUGCUUUGAUAACCUACGCCGAGAGCUACCUCCGGGCGCCGACGCGGGCGGACGUGUUGUGGCGGCUGCGCGAGGAGCGGGAGGUGCUGCUCGAUGGCGCGGGCGGCGACGCGGCAAAUGCGCCGUUCUGCUCGAGCGACGCGCUGGACGAGGCGCUCCGCCAAAUAGUUGUAAUCGGCGAGCGGAACCCGAUGCGCGCCAAGGGCAAGGUCGCGCGCACGCGACGGCGGCGCGCGUCCGAGCUCGCCGGCACCGACUACGACGGCGCGCGGGCCUUUCUCCAAGGGCUAGGCUACGCGACGAAGGCGCCGGCACGAACGGUUCGUGGACGACGCUACGUCCACAGGAGCGGCGCGCGCAUUACGCUCUUGCGGGUCGAGGGGACGCCCGGCUACCUCGUCGAGUUCGCCCUGACGGGCGACGACGAGGCUUCUUUGCUAGAACUGCGGGAAAGCCUGCCCGUAACCGCUUUAGAUUAA